AUGGCCGAACCAGGUCUUGGAAAAGACACUGACCUCCCCCCAACCCUCGACUCCGCCAUCCUCACACCGGCCAUCGCCUCCCUUGCCCCGGCCCUCGAGCUCCUCGAGCGCUUCCACCAUCGCAACAAGAACCAGCAUCGCAUAUCCAAAUGGUGGGCCCAGGCUGACAUGCUGAGGCGGCAUAUCUGGAAGAUGUUGGGGGAGCUGGAGGCGGCGGUCGAGGCGGCAGAGAGGACUGGGAGGGUCAGGGAGAGGCAGAGGGUGAAGGGAAAGAGGAAAGAGAAGGAGCAGGUGAAGAAGGUUGGGGAGAGAGGUCAAGGGGAGGGUGAGGGGCGGGCGGUAAGGAAGAGGGCCGGGUAUUUACGUUGGAAGCUUGGGCCGGGGGCUUUUUUGGCGUUUACGCAGCUCUCUGCGGACAGGCAGUUUGCGCACCUUGGGCUGAUGCUGCUGGGUGUGCUGGCGCAGGUGGACAAGGCCGUUGCGCCGUUUGCUCCGGCGCCGCCUAGCCAGACGGGAGACGAGACCGGGGAGCAGGCAUCAGCGGCAUCAGCGGCAUCAGCAGAGGCCGUCCAGCCCGCCGCCGGGCAAGACAACGGUGUUGGUGCGGACUCUGACGCCAUCAUGGAAGUGGACACAACAGACAAGGGUGUAGCCGUGUGCAGAGACGAGAUCAUGGCGUCGAUUGAGCGAGACACAGCCUCGACACCGAUCCCACCAGCAGCAUCGUCAACACAACAGUUAGUGAAGGGAGACACACAUCCACGAUCCUUAUCCCUCCCCAUCAACCGCCCAUCACGCACUCAACAGCCGCUCAGCCAGACCCCUGCAGCAAGGACAGAACCAACCAGCAAGGAAGCAAGCAUCACCUCCGACGUGUUCCCCUCAAAACCCAAGACAAAGAAAACAGUCAGACCAAAAGACGAAUUCGAUGACAUCUUCGGCUCGAUGGGACGGCCUCCGACCGGCAACCCUAAACCACCAGCAACCGCAGAUACCCCAGCACGAGAGCCAUCUAGCAAGGAAGCCAGCGCCUCAUGCUUAGAAGCAGCACUGAAACCUAAGAAAAAGGUACGGGAAGAUAAGGCAGGAGGAGGAGCAAGAGGCGACGGCUUAGACGACAUUUUCGCCUCGUUGGACGCCAAAAGCAAGAAGCCCAAGAAGAAGCGGAAGAAAGGGGAUGAGUUUGAUGACAUUUUCGGGGGGUUGUGA